AUGAAAACUAGCAACCCCCCGAUCAUACAAUUGAGAGGCAAACAUUUCAAUCCGUACCAGCAUCGUCUUGACUGCUGGUUCGGCUUCCGAGUGAGCACUCCAGCCCUCUAUUCCAGCUCUACUCUGGUCAAGUGUGCCGUGCCGAAGCUCCUUCCCGGUACCGUCGCUGUUUACUUGGGCGAUGAGCAGGGCAUACAUGGCAAUAGCAACGGUCAAUACACGGUCGUAAGUAGGGGACAUGUCCAUGCAGUCGAGCCGAGCAGCGGGCCGGUGACAGGAGGUACCGCCGUCGUCAUGAGCGUGCGAGGAGGUGCAGGCUUUGCGUCAGCUAUCUUCUGUCGUAUUGGGGAAGGUCAGGUGGUGCAGGCCCAAGCGCUCAGCAGCUCCAGGAUCCUUUGCACCAUGCCGGCUGUACAGAAGAGCGGGACAGUGCUGAUACGGGCAGUAGAGGGAGCCCAAGGGUCGAGUAGGGGCCUUGAGGGAGAAGUGAGGUAUGUUUACUACAAUGAGCCUGUGGUGACUCGCGUGGAGCCAAGCAGUGGCGCUCUGGAAGGGGGUACCAUGCUGAGCCUGUAUGGGCGGGGGCUGGAAGAAGGCAGCAAUCUAACGUGCAGGUUCGGGACCGGAGAUGCGGUCGCAGGCCGGCAAGAGACUUCUACGAUGGCCACCUGUGUUGCACCCCCGCGCCCAGUCAAGGACGUCGUCUGGUUGCAGGUGAGCCUCAACGGAGGCGCGGACUUCUCCGGAUCUGCAGUCGAGUACGCAUAUGAGGCUGGGGCUACGGUGGACGAGGUGAGGCCGUCCGCGGGAGAUAGCGGGGUCGACGGUCAGACCGUGACGGUGAUAGGCCGCCACUUCGGGUCGGGACAAGGGCUGAGCUGCUUGUUCGGGACAAGGGGGCGGGUACGGGGCAUGCCGAUGACGUCGACGGCGGUAGUCUGUGUAGCGCCGAGAGGGGGUCCGGGGGCGGUCGGGGUAUCGGUGAGCAACAACGGAGUGGAUGAAGGGCAAACAAGGGGCGGGUUCGUGUACAGCGGUGAUCUUAAGGUAAUACGCAAGGUCACCCCAAGCUCAGGGCCAUUGGCUGGGGGUACCAACGUGACCAUAGCAGUCGACGGUUUGCGUCGGGCGGCGUUGUUAUGGAAGUCGGAAAUGCCUUUGUGGUGUUUAUUCCGGGGAAUUUCGGAAAACAGAAACGCAGUAAGGGGACGGGCUUUGACCACGUCGCUGAUCAGCUGUAAGUCGCCUACAAGCUUGCGGGCAGGAGAAACGAAGAUAGAGAUAGAACUGUCCAACCAUGGUCCAACAUUGAGUAUAGAGUCUGCAUUCGUCUACUACGAGGGGCCAGAGGUAAGCUCGGUGGUGCCCAGCAUAGGGAGACAGACGGGAGGUAUGGUGGUAAGUGUCGUGGGCCAGGGCCUCAUAUCCCGAGAUCCCGUUUGUCAAUUUGGCCCGUCCAUAGUCCAGGGCAAGGACGUUACGAGCCUUAGCUCAUCAUUGCUGCUAUGUACCACGCCCGCAUCACUGCUUGGCAGUACGGUAGUCAGGCUGCAGGUGAGCCUCAACGGAGGCGCGGACUUCUCCGGAUCUGCAGUCGAGUACGCAUAUGAGGCCGGGGCUACGGUGGACGAGGUGAGGCCGUCCGCGGGAGAUAGCGGGGUCGACGGGCAGACCGUGACGGUGAUAGGCCGCCACUUCGGGUCGGGACAAGGGCUGAGCUGCUUGUUCGGGACAAGGGGGCGGGUACGGGGCAUGCCGAUGACGUCGACGGCGGUAGUCUGUGUAGCGCCGAGAGGGGGUCCGGGGGCGGUCGGGGUAUCGGUGAGCAACAACGGAGUAGAAGGAGAGACCGCUAGCGGCAUCGUCAGCGUGAGGUAUGAGUACCGCUCAGGGAUGUCAGCAAAGUCCGUGGUACCUAGUCAGGGACCGUCAGUGGGAGGAACGGUCGUGAGAGUGAUGCUUGAAGGGACGAUCGGAGGUGAGGACGGGACUGGGGAGUGGCUCUGUGUAUUCGGAGACUCUAUGAGCCGCGGGCAAUUGAACGUGUCAUCGCCGGACAACGCUUCCGUGGCAUGCAAUCUGCCACCAUCGAUGCCCUCUACCGUCUCUGUACAAGUGCGACGACCGAGUGGACAGAAGCUAUCAGGGGACCUAAGGUUCCAGUACGUACUUCAAGCCAGGCUCAUAAGUGUAUCUCCAAGUCAAGGUGGAGCAGGGGGAGGAUCGAGGGUGACCAUCACAGGAGAGGGAAUCGGGCGAGAGGGGCUGAGGUGCUGGUUUGGGGACAAGGCCGUGGAGGGGAGAGGCGUGGAGUGGAUAUCGUCAAGCCUGGUGACGUGCAUGACUGUAGCAAUGAAUGAGGCGGGAGGAUAUUCCAAGAUCUUGCUUUAUUUUCAGGGACAGAUUUGUGGACCACCCGUAAUUUAUAAUGGUGUUGGUAUUCCCCUUCUCAAGAGUAUCAGUCCUUCUAUUGGUAUUGUCAACCUUCAAGGUCAGAUUGCAACCUUGAUAGGAGAGGGCUUUCAUCUCAAUGCUGCUUCAGUCUACUGUAGGCUUGGCUUAGGACACACAGUACGUGCUGUAAGUGUAUCAUCAUCAAUGGCUGUGUGUACAGUACCUUUGGUCAAACAGGCUGGACUUUCUCAGUUCACAUGUUCGCCAUACAAGCAACCGAGUGGCAGUGAGCAAAGUCUACAGUACUUGUUCUUGGACAUAGGAAGAAUUGAUGCUAUCUUUCCCACAGCUGGACCCAUACGUGGAGGCAGUAGUGUAAGCGUGAUUGGUCUGAAAGAACAUGAAAUUAGCUUCAAAUACAGGUGCCGAUUUGGGAACGAUGAGGUGCAAGGAAGCUUUGUUGGAAACCAUACUUUGGUCUGCACCUCUCCUCAAACUAAUCAAGAAGGAAGAGUUACUGUCUCAGUAUUUGCCAAUAGAUACAGCCUGGACAAUGGUCAAGUUUACGAGUAUUUCCUCUCUCCAGCCCUAAAGAGAAUAGAUCCAUCUGUGGUAGGUAGGGGAGGUGGCCAGAUUGUGAGCGUCUACGGCACUGGCUUUCGGCAAGGAGGGAUUUCGUGUGGAUUUGGCAGCGGCUUCUCCAUAGCAGCUGGCCGAUGGCAAUCUUCUAGUCUAGUACUAUGCUUCACCAUACCCUCUAACCAAACUACAACAAGAUCGCUGGAGAUCAGCUUGAAUGGAGGGUAUGACUUCACUGAUAGCGGUGCAGAGAUACUAUACGAGGACGGAGCUGUCUUGACAGGUGUGAGCCCUUCGAGAGCGAUGAGCGAUACGCCCAACCAGGUUGUCACCAUUUCCGGAGACUCUUUCAAGCAAGGCUGUCGACAUGUCUGUCACUUUGGAACAAGUGCAGAAACGCGUGCUGUAUAUCUCACGUCAUCCAGCUUGGUAUGCUCCGUGCCAAGGAGCAAGCCGAGCACUGUUUUGUUGACAGUAGCUCAGGAUGGGUUGAAGAGUGAGGAAGGGGUUUGGUUUGUUUACGAGCAUUAUCAUUCAGCUGACUUGAGCCCGAGCACUGGGUCAUCCUUGGGGGGCACAGAAGUGACGGUUCGGAGCAACACGCUUCAAGACACCUAUACGGAAGGAGGCUGUUGGUUUGGCAGUGCGUAUGUGCCAGGACGCAUCGUUGCUCGUAACAGUCUUGUCUGUGUCAGCCCACAGUACCUUGGCAACGACAAAGUGGUAGGGGUGAAGGUCAUGCUGCACCGAGCGGAAGGAGGAGAUGUGUACCUGGAUACGAGUUUCGCAUACAGGGUUCCGGCGUUGACUGAUAGAGUUACUCCGACCGUGGGAUCGAAGAACGGAGGUACUUCUGUGCUCGUUGUUGGAUCCAACCUAGAGCCAUCACAUAGAUGCCUGUUCGGCGGAGUUGAGGCAGCCCGUUCCCAGCUGAUAUCAUCAUCGGCUCUUGAGUGUCUUACACCUGCAUCAAGCUUUGUUGGACGUGUUGUUGUACAAGUGAGCCUUGACGGCAGUAUAGAAAUGUCUGCCAUGAAGCUGAGCUUCACAUAUGCACCUGAUGCAACGGUACACUUUGCGAACAUGGGCUCGAUGGUAUAUCAGAGUGUUGUGGUUCUGACUGGAGAGCACUUUCAGGACAGCAAUUCACUGACGUGCAAAUUUGGUGGAUCCAAAUCAGUACUUGGUUUAUAUCAGACUUCAACCCUGGUGCAAUGCUCUGUGCCGAUGCUUGAUACUGGCACAUAUGCUGUCGGAAUCAGUAACAAUGGAGUAGAUCGCGGAGUAGGUGCUGCAGUGGUCCAGUAUAGGUAUGCGAUACAGAUCUUUGAUGUAACUCCUAGCCAGGGAUCACUGUCAGGAGGAGGGCAGAUCACUGUCCAUGGAAGUGGUUUUCCUACACAAGAUGGCCCCGCGUUGUGCUGGGUAGACCAGGUGUCUUCAGUUGCGAUCGCUCAGCAUUCGUCGCAUGUGGUAUGCAUAUUACCAGGACGGCAAGAGGCUGGUGUUGUAGACGUCUACUUGCAGUGGGGACGAGUAGCUGGGAGGAGUACUCAUGUUCUAUUUGAAUAUAUCAAUCCUGCGGAAAUCGUGGGCAUCAUGCCGAGUGUCGGGAGCCUCAAGCCACGUUCAGGGUCAAGGGUAACUGUCAUUGGGUCAGGCUUCGACGCGGGAGUGGGGCUGCGAUGUCGAUUUGGUAACGCGAAUUGUACAAGGUCCGCAGUGAAGUGGGUAACGUCCAGUCUAAUACAGUGCUUGGUACCCGAACAAUCUGUGCCGGGACCUGUAGAAGUGAAAGUCAGCAAUGAUGGAGGGAGGGAGUACUCGACAAACGGACCAGCUUUUCUUUACGAGGACCCCCCUUCUGUACACGGGAUAUUUCCAAAAGUCAUCAGGCCAGGGGUCUCACAUCAAAGCACGAUAUCUGUGAUUGGGAAGCUUUUCAAGAACGUACCAAAUUAUGUAUCGUGUCUCUAUGGCAGUAAUAGUAUCAUACAGGGGGAUUACAUCUCAUCGACACUCAUUGUCUGCCAAACACCGAGAAAUGUCAGUGGGACAGUGGCUGUUGCGGUCAGGACAGGUUGGCAUGGGUUUGUGUCGGGGCCAGGAUGUUUUGUGUCUGUGCUAGGAGCUCAAUCCUUCAUGAUUCAACCUACCUCUGGCCCAUUGAGUGGAGGGACCCUUGUAACAAUUACUGGGAUCCACUCCGGCAUGUAUGAUACAACAGAAGAAAUCUGCUGUUUCUUUGGGCACAACGGUACGAAAGUCACUUUGCUAAGCACUUCAGCCGUCCUUUGCACAGUGCCGGCAAGCUUCAGGUAUGGUGUGGUUACCGUGAGUGUACUUACGACAUGCCGAGCAAGUGGUACCCUUGUGGGCACGAGGCCCUUUCUGUACCUGCCGGCAGUACAUGUCGUCGAUAUCUAUCCAAGACGAGGGUCCCAACAUGGCCGAUCAUCAAUACGAAUCAUAGGAAUAGGCUUCUUGGGAGACCGAGCAAGGUGUAAACUUGGGAAUCUGUCUUCUCCCGAGGAUGGAACGAGGAUUGUCUCCUCCACUCUCAUCGAAUGCAUUGCUCCUAUUUCCGAGGCAAUAGGUCAGACCUUGGUCAGAGUAAGCUUGGACGGUGGGCAGACGUUCUCAUCAGACGAGGUGGUCUUCACAUACGAGGCUGACCCGACCGUGCUCUCUCUUCAGCCUUCAACAGCCUACAGCAAGAUGAGCAACCAAGUUGUGACUGUCCACGGAAGGCAUUUCACCGACGCCGGAGAUCUUCUCUGUUGGUUUGGAGCAGGCCAUGUCGUACGCGCUUUGUAUGUGUCUUCUGUGAGAGUGCUGUGCUCUAUUCCAGAGCAAAAGCCUGGUAUGGUAAGAGUGACUGUGACCAAGGAUGGUCAUAAUAAUGCUCCUAUCGAUGCUUUAGCUUCUGCCUACUUGUUGUAUCUGUAUUACAACAAAGGAAUGAACUCUAGAUUUACAAUCUGGCCGACCAGCGGUCCAUCUCUGGGAGGCUCAGUCGUACGACUGGUUGGUAUUCAGGACUCACUGAAGAUCUCAACUUGUUUAUUUGAUUACCAGACGGUCAACGUCGCAGUUUACAACCACAGCAUUGCAUGUGUAUCCCCUGCACAUGGAGAAACAGGUUCUGUCAAAAUACAGCUCGUCCCAUCGAGUCUAUCCUCUCUCUCUGGCGUGGUGGACUUUGAUCAAGCCGUGACUUUCUUCUAUUAUGAUGAUCCUGUCGUUGACAGUGCGUUCUGGGUUGGGCAAUCUGGCGGAGGUACGGCCUUCGUCAGUGUACUUGGCAGACAUCUCAUGGCCAAUCACUCCAUGUGUCGAUUGACUUUUGAGUCUGGAGACAGCAAGGUACUCCCAGGCACGAGCCAGACUUCCACCAAGAUUCUUUGUGUGUCUCCUCCUCUUCCGCAAAGCGUAGGCAGGACUUGGGUAUCGAUCAGUUUGAACGAUGGUGUAGACUUCACCUCAAGUAACACCCUAGUAUCGACAAGCAGCAAGAUCGAUGUAAAGAGUGUGUGGCCGUCCACAGGAGGUACAGAUGGAGACAUGGUGAUUACAAUCUUUGGUGCGAUGUUCUAUCCGCGCCAGCAUCGUCUUGACUGCUGGUUCGGCUUCCGAGUGAGCACUCCAGCCCUCUAUUCCAGCUCUACUCUGGUCAAGUGUGCCGUGCCGAAGCUCCUUCCCGGUACCGUCGCUGUGUACUUGGGCGAUGAGCAGGGCAUACAUGGCAAUAGCAACGGUCAAUACACGGUCGUAAGUAGGGGACAUGUCCAUGCAGUCGAGCCGAGCAGCGGGCCGGUGACAGGAGGUACCGCCGUCGUCAUGAGCGUGCGAGGAGGUGCAGGCUUUGCGUCAGCUAUCUUCUGUCGUAUUGGGGAAGGUCAGGUGGUGCAGGCCCAAGCGCUCAGCAGCUCCAGGAUCCUUUGCACCAUGCCGGCUGUACAGAAGAGCGGGACAGUGCUGAUACGGGCAGUAGAGGGAGCCCAAGGGUCGAGUAGGGGCCUUGAGGGAGAAGUGAGGUAUGUUUACUACAAUGAGCCUGUGGUGACUCGCGUGGAGCCAAGCAGUGGCGCUCUGGAAGGGGGUACCAUGCUGAGCCUGUAUGGGCGGGGGCUGGAAGAAGGCAGCAAUCUAACGUGCAGGUUCGGGACCGGAGAUGCGGUCGCAGGCCGGCAAGAGACUUCUACGAUGGCCACCUGUGUUGCACCCCCGCGCCCAGUCAAGGACGUCGUCUGGUUGCAGGUGAGCCUCAACGGAGGCGCGGACUUCUCCGGAUCUGCAGUCGAGUACGCAUAUGAGGCCGGGGCUACGGUGGACGAGGUGAGGCCGUCCGCGGGAGAUAGCGGGGUCGACGGUCAGACCGUGACCGUGAUAGGCCGCCACUUCGGGUCGGGACAAGGGCUGAGCUGCUUGUUCGGGACAAGGGGGCGGGUACGGGGCAUGCCGAUGACGUCGACGGCGGUAGUCUGUGUAGCGCCGAGAGGGGGUCCGGGGGCGGUCGGGGUAUCGGUGAGCAACAACGGAGUGGAUGAAGGGCAAACAAGGGGCGGGUUCGUGUACAGCGGUGAUCUUAAGGUAAUACGCAAGGUCACCCCAAGCUCAGGGCCGUUGGCUGGGGGUACCAACGUGACCAUAGCAGUCGACGGUUUGCGUCGGGCGGCGUUGUCAUGGACGACAGAGAGACCUUGGGGUUGCGUUUUUGGAACCUCAGUCGUGCAAGCACAAGCUUUGACCACGUCGCUGAUCAGCUGUAAGUCGCCUACAAGCUUGCGGGCAGGAGAAACGAAGAUGUCGUUGGUGGACGAUCUUGGUAACGUCGUUGUCAAGGGCAAGUCUGCAUUCGUCUACUACGAGGGGCCAGAGGUAAGCUCGGUGGUGCCCAGCAUAGGGAGACAGACGGGAGGUAUGGUGGUAAGUGUCGUGGGCCAGGGCCUCAUAUCCCGAGAUCCCGUUUGUCAAUUUGGCCCGUCCAUAGUCCAGGGCAAGGACGUUACGAGCCUUAGCUCAUCAUUGCUGCUAUGUACCACGCCCGCAUCACUGCUUGGCAGUACGGUAGUCAGGCUGCAGGUGAGCCUCAACGGAGGCGCGGACUUCUCCGGAUCUGCAGUCGAGUACGCAUAUGAGGCCGGGGCUACGGUGGACGAGGUGAGGCCGUCCGCGGGAGAUAGCGGGGUCGACGGGCAGACCGUGACGGUGAUAGGCCGCCACUUCGGGUCGGGACAAGGGCUGAGCUGCUUGUUCGGGACAAGGGGGCGGGUACGGGGCAUGCCGAUGACGUCGACGGCGGUAGUCUGUGUAGCGCCGAGAGGGGGUCCGGGGGCGGUCGGGGUAUCGGUGAGCAACAACGGAGUAGAAGGAGAGACCGCUAGCGGCAUCGUCAGCGUGAGGUAUGAGUACCGCUCAGGGAUGUCAGCAAAGUCCGUGGGACGAUCGGAGGUGAGGACGGGACUGGGGAGUGGCUCUGUGUAUUCGGAGACUCUAUGA